CGUCUCCCCGGGCUGCUCUCCUCUCCUCUCCUCUCCUCUUACCCACGGCCCACACCUGAUCUUCCCCUUCCCCCCUCAACCUAUCAUAGCCAGCAGCACCAGUACGAGGACUUUCCUAGCUACUGCCCUCACUCAAAGACUGUGGCUGCAUCUGUAUCUGUAUCUGUAUCUCCUUGAUCCUGAGCUAUUAGCCCUGCGUAAGAACGAGGUAACCUCCCCUCGAUACCCCGGCGCUCCACAAUUGAGUAUCAUGCCGCAAGAAACAAUUGAUUUCCCCGCGGCGUACGUGCUUAUUGGGGCCUACCGCCUCGCGCAUGACCCGGCGCUUUGGAAACCUAUGUGGCAGGAUAUUAGCGGAGCGGCCAAGAAGGCUGGGUUGGUUGCACUUGUUUGGGGAAUCCUUACUUGGCCACUCCAGCGCGUCUUUGUGCGGACAUUCAUGGGCGGGAGCUCCAGAGUCCUCGGGAUGAGUGGCGCCUAUCACUCCCUGUCAGAGAAAGCCGACCGUCUGGACGACUCGCUCCCCUUUAUCAUUCCCAUUCCCUCUCUUCAGGGCUUCGCAACAUUUAUGUUCGUCCUCUCCCAAUGUUCCACCAUUCUUGAACUCUGGCUUCGAAGACGACUAAAGGCAGCCCGAGCCAAGGCGUACGGCGAGACGGUGCGCAGUCGGGGUAAAGCACCAGAAUGGUGGACGGACUACUAUGAAGAGUGGGAGGAACCACCAACGCAAAAGGCCAUCAAGGGAGCGCAGAAGCAGUCCUUCUACACCAAGCUCGCUACACCUCUGCUGCGCUUCUUUGUUUUCAAGGUGCUCCUCCUACCACUGGACUGGGUGCCAUUCCUCUCCCUCUUCCUCUCUUCCUGGCUACGGUCCCUUAGCCUUGGUAGGCAAUUGCAUGAACCCUUGUUCCAGGCAAAGAGGAUGACACCACUACAGGUGGAAGUGUGGGUGACGGAGCGAUCCUUUGCCUAUCGUCAAUUUGGAUUCGCAGCAGCCCUCUUUGAGCACAUUCCCAUUCUAGGCCUCGUACUCUCCAUCUCCAACCGGGUAGGAGCAGCGUAAGUUCCCCUCU